AUGUCUACCUCCGCCGAUGGCAGGCUGUCCUCGCUCAUCGAGACGGUGCGGGCUUCUCUUGCUCCACUCGACAAGAGUUCCAAUGCAUCAGCGAAAGAUGACGACGUUUCGCAGACAGGACUCAUCGCGGACAUACAGGCCCUGGGGUUCAAGGACUACGGAACACUCGUGCAGUUUCUCAACGCGUCUGUCACGGGCACCAACGACGACAACCACCUCCUCCUUGAGCGGCUUGUUCAACUCCUCGCCAAACUGCCGCCUCACUCUAAGCAGAUGAAAGGGCUCAGCGAUGGCUUCAUCAACCAGCUGUGGACGACACUUGAUCACCCCCCGGUCUCCUCACUGGGGGGCCAGUACAAGUAUCGCCGGGCGGACGGGUCCUACAACAACGUCCAUGCUCCCCAGCUUGGCGCUGCCAAUACAGCCUACGCGAGAGACUACAAUGUCAACCUCGCGUCAUCUUACCUGGACUUGUCACCACUGUACGGGCGGAAUGUGGACGAGGUCAAAUUGAUGAGGACUUUCCAGGAUGGCCUCCUGAAGCCCGACUGUUUCAGUUCAGCUCGGAUUCUGGGAUUCCCACCGGGCUGCGGUGUGUUUCUGGUCAUGUUCAAUCGCUUUCACAACUACGUCGCCACGCAGCUAGCACUAAUUAACGAAGCGGGCCGCUUCAACAAGCCCAACGAUGGGGACAAGGAAGCUUGGGCAAAAUAUGACGAGGACCUGUUCCAAACGAGCAGGUUGGUGACGUCUGGACUGUACAUCAACAUUAUCAUGAAGGACUACGUCCGCACAAUCUUGGCCUUGAAUCGGACAAACUCGAGUUGGUCUCUUGAUCCUCGCACAAAGGAGGGUAAGGAUUUGUUCAGCAAGUCCGUUCCGGAAGGGGUUGGGAACCACGUGUCGGCCGAGUUCAACCUCAUUUACCGUUGGCACAGCACCAUCUCCCUGAGGGACGAGCAAUGGACCAUCGCGGAGAUGAAACGACUCCUGAAAGAUAAAAACCCCGAGACAGCCAGCGUGGAAGAGGUCCUGCGAGCUCUGGGGGAGUGGCAGGCCAACAUACCUCCGCAGCCAGAGGCCAGGACAUUCGAGCAUCUCACAAGGCUUCCAGAUGGGACUUUUCCGGACCAUGAGAUGGCCAAGAUAUUGACCGAAUCGAUCGAGGAUGUUGCUGGAUCGUACGGAGCCAACAGGGUCCCACGCUGUAUGAAGUCUAUCGAGAUGCUCGGGAUCAUACAAGCACGCCAUUGGAACAUGGGCACCUUGAACGAGUUCAGAGAGUUUGUGGGACUUACGAGACACGCAAGCUUUGAAGACAUCAAUCCGGACCCGGACGUUGCGGCACAUUUGAAACAGCUGUACGAUUCUCCCGAUAAUGUUGAGAUGUACCCUGGCAUAGUGGCCGAAAAGACAAAGCCCCCAAUGUCUCCAGGGAGUGGCCUGUGCGGAAAUGUCACCAUGACAACGGCGAUCCUGUCUGAUGCUGUGGCGUUGGUACGCGGAGACCGGUUCUACACCGUCGACUACACGCCCAAGGCUCUCACCAACUGGGGAUUCAACGAAGCGAACUAUGACACUGCGGUCGACGGCGGCCAAGUCCUGCAUAAGCUCAUAUUCAGGGCUUUCCCAAAUCACUUUGUGAACAACAGCAUAUACGCACACUUCCCUCUGGUAACCCCUUCCGAAAACGAGAAGAUUCAUGAGAGUCUGGGAACAAGGAGCCGGUAUAGUUGGGCGGCGCCUCGCGCACACCAAUCCCCGGUCAUGAUCAAAUCCUACAAGGCCUGCACACAGAUUCUGAACGACGACAGGAACUUCAAGGUAGUGUGGGGAGAGGCUAUCACCUCCUUGACACAGAACGACGAUGCUCCGGGAGUGAGUGCGGAUUUCUGCCUCAGUGGCGAUCGCAAUGCCAACAGGUCCAACCAUGACUAUGUCAAGAAAUGUCUCUAUCCUAACAAAUGGGAAAAUGACGUCAAGGCCUUCUUCGCCGCCACGUCAGAUCGGCUCUUGAGAGAGAACGGUUAUUCUGUCUCGGAGUCGCCAGAAGGGCGCACGCACGAGGUCGAUAUUGUGCGGGACGUCAUCUCCUUGGCAACAACACAUUUCAGCGCUGCCUUGUGGUCUCUACCCAUCAAGACGGAGGAGCAUCCUCACGGUAUAUACACCGAGCACCAGCUCUACAACGUGCUGCUGGCCGGUUUUGCAGCCAUAUUCUUCGAUGCCGACAUCGCCAACUCGUACAAGUUGCGUUCACAGGCCCGCGUGUUGGCACAGCAACUCGGCAAGCUGAUGGCGCUGAAAGCCAAGCUGUUGGACACUGGGGAUGGGAUCGUCGCGGCGGUGUUGGACACAGUCAAGGAGAGCAUCGCCGCCAUCGGGCACAUUGUCAAUGGGAACGGGACCAGGAAGGCGAACUCAGGCCCGGAGCCUGAGUGGCCUGCGCUUGCACUCUACGGCGACCGCAUGAUUAAGCGCAUGCUUAGCGAGAGCGGUGCCACGCCGGAGGACGUUGUGUGGGGCUCAGUCCUGCCCGCGUCGGUGGCCGCCUGCGCAAACCAGACUCAAGUAUUGAGCCAAGCCGUCGACUACUACCUCGGUGACGGGAAGGAGCACCUGCCUGUCAUGUACGCCCUUGCACACCAGGACACGGAAGACGCCAAUGAGAAAUUGAAGAAGUACAUGCUCGAGGGCGUUCGUCUUCGUGGAACAGUAGCCAUAACCAGAGAAGUGGUCAAAGACCAGGCCGUCCGAGACUUUUCUCCGUCUCAACCUGACCCGUCCGAUCCUGAUGGUCUGAACCCGCUGUCCAACGCAAACCCGGGCGGAAGUGGCACCACCUAUGAACUCAAAGCAGGCACGCGACUCCUUCUGAACCUCACCGCGGCGAAUCACGAUGGUACGGUCUUCCCUGAACCGGAGACCGUACGUCUUGACCGCCCGACCAAGAACUACAUCCACUUCGGCUGGGGCCCGCAUCUCUGUCUGGGACAGGACAUGAGCAUAGUUGGGCUGGCCGUCGUCUUCAAGAAGAUUGUCGGCCUGAAAAACCUGCGACGCGCCCCGGGUAGGAAGGGGGAGGUCAAGUCUUUUCCUGCCGCAUUCUGGAACGGUCAGGUCGGUAGCACACGGAACCCUGACGCGGGAUGGACGGGCCUCAGGACCUACAUGACGGCUGAUCAGAGUUCUUUCUGGCCGCUUCCUAGCACGUUGAAGGUACAGUGGGACGAGUAG